AUGUGGGUAGGGUGUGAUCUAUCUAUCCAUCUAAAGACGUUCAAUGGUGUUAUUUCUAUACAAAAACGAAUCGGUGGAAGAACGAUGACGAAUCGUUUAAAAGGAGAUGAGAAUAUAUUAUCUAUUACUAUCCAAGUCAUUUUGCACCUCUCAUCAAAAGUCCCUAUCUUUCUUAUUCCAUUAUCUAUCUAUCUAUCUAUCUAUCUAUCUAUCUAUCUAUCUAUCUAUCUAUCUAUCUAUCUAUCACAGCCACCUUGGUCUUUAUCUAUCUAUCUAUCUAUCUAUCUAUCUAUCUAUCUAAAAAAUCUGUUGGUCUUUAUCUAUCUAUCUAUCUAUCUAUCUAUCUAUCUAUCUAUCUAUCAGACCAUUUUACUUUAUAGUUAUUUCAUAUUUAUCCAUCUUGGUCUAUUUAUCUAUCUAUCUAUCUAUCUAUCUAUCUAUCUUUUUCAGCUUAUCUAUCUAUCUCAUCUAUCUAUCUAUGUUCUAUCUAUCUAUCUAUCUAUCUAUCUAUCUAUCUAUCUACUUCUAUCUAUCACAGCCAUCUAUUAUAGUUAUUUCCGUCUUUUUUAUUAUCUUUAUCUAUCUAUCUAUCUAUCUAUCUAUCUAUCUAUCUAUCUAUCUCAUUCAUCUAUUUAUCUAUCUAUAUAUGUAUCUAUCUUAAAUAUUCAUUAUCUAUCUAUCUAUCUCAUCCAUUUCAUCUAUCUAUCUAUCUAUCUAUCUAUCUAUCUAUCUAUCUAUCUAUCUAUCACAGCCAUUUAUAGUUAUUUCUGUAUGAUCUCUAUCUAUCUAUCUAUCUAUCUAUCUAUCUAUCUAUCUAUCUAUCUAUCUCAGUCUGUUCUAUCUAUCUAUCUAUCUAUCUAUCUAUCUAUAUGCCAUUUAUAG